AUGGCGACCCAGACAAUCACCGACUCGACCCCCCACUCAAUCCCGAAAUGGAUUCAAGUCACCGAAACAAAGCAUGAGCUGGCCUGGGCGGAUCUAGUCACUCUUGAUCUCAACAAGUUCGACCAAGAGGGCGGUAAACAAGCCCUUGCCGCUCAGCUUUUCGACGCCGUCAACAGAAUAGGAUUCUUCUACAUCACCAAUUUCGGCCUGAGUCAAGACGAGGUCGAUCGGCAAUUCAGUCUGUGCAAACAGGUCUUCGAGCUCCCCACGGACGAGAAACUACAGUACCGCGCCGACCUCGAGAACGGCGGAUACAACGGCUACAAGCCGCUGGGCACGCGCGAAGUCAGGCCCGGCAUUCGCGACAACACGGAGAUCUACAACAUUCCGAAAUUCACUCCCCACUAUGCGCGCGCCCACCCGCCCGUCAUCACGCAGCACAGGGCCGAGAUCGAGCGGUUCGCGCGCCACAUCCAUUUCGAGAUCGUGCGGAAACUACUCGUACUGUUUGCCAUCGUUCUCGAAUUGCCCGAGGACUUUUUCCUCGCGAACCACCGCUACGACGAGAAUAGUGACUGCCAUUUUCGGUACAUGAAGUAUCACCGCCGCACGCCGGAGCAGAAUGCGGAACUGGACAAUGUCUGGGUCAAAGGACAUACGGACUUUGGUAGUUUGACACUGUUGUUCAGACAACCCGUGGCCGCGUUACAAAUACGCACCCCCGAAGGCGAGUGGCGCUACGUCAAACCGUACCCCGAAAGCAUCACCGUCAACGUCGCCGACGCGCUACAGUUCCUCACGAACGGGUUCUUGAAAAGCAGCAUCCACCGCGUAGUCGCGCCGCCGCCGGAUCAAGCCGACAUCGACCGUCACGGGGUCCUGUACUUUGUCAGGCCGGAGGACGACACGAAGCUGGUCCCGAUUGAGAGCCCGGUGCUUCGGCGGUUGGGGUACGACGAGGGUCCUCUCGACCAGGCUACCGUCGGUCUGACGGCGGGCGAAUGGGUGAGGGCGCGUGUUGCGAAGAACGUGAGCCGGCAGGGUAAGGAUGAGGAGACCAUCAUCAAGGGCGUCAAAGCCAAGUACUAUGAUUGA